UUGAAAAGAUGCAGAGUCGUGUUCUGGUGCUGAGCGCGUUGGUAUUGAGUUGCCUGUGCCCACGGAGUGCAGGGGAGAGCCGCAGGAAGGAGCUCUGUAAGGGUCGCUGUGCCUGCGAGGAGAGGGACAGCGUGUUGAAUGUGAACUGUGAGGCGAGGGGCUUCACCAGGGUAAGCGGCCUGCAACCUCCCCAGCACCGGCUCUACCAGCUCUUUCUGAACGGGAACUCUCUCACCAAACUGCCGGCUAAUUGCUUCUCUAACUUCAGCCAGGCUGUGACCCUGCACCUGGGCAGCAAUGGCCUGCAGGAGAUCCGCAAUGGGGCUUUCCAGGGUCUGGCUUUGCUGAAGAGCUUACACCUGGACAACAACCGCCUGGAGGUGCUGAGGGAGGAUACCUUCCUGGGGUUAGUCAGCCUGGAAUACCUGCAGGCGGAUUACAACUACAUCAGCAGCAUUGAACCCGGGGCUUUUAACCGCUUGCACAAACUCAAGAUCUUGAUCCUCAAUGAUAACCUGCUCCCCAGUCUGCCUGGCAACAUCUUCCGCUUUGUGCUGCUCACCCACCUGGAUCUGAGAGGCAACAGGCUGCGAAGGUUGCCCUUUAGCGGGGUCCUGGAGCAUAUCGGGGGGAUUGCUGAGAUUCAGCUGGAGGAGAACCCCUGGAACUGUAGCUGUGAGCUGAUGCCCUUGAAAGCUUGGCUGGACUCCAGCUCCCUGCAAGGAGGGGAGCUGGCCUGCGAGAGUCCAUUCCGGCUCCACGGCCGCCUCCUAGCCCAGCUCAGCCGCCAGGAUAUCUGCCCCCGACGGGGCAACAGCGGAGAUUCCGGAUUGAGGAUCCAGCGGCCGUCCAGGGGUCAACCGCAACCUCUGGCUACGGCGGCUCAGCCCGGCUCCAGGGGAGGGCGAACCUCCUCGGGGGGUAAGGGGAGGCUAGCCGCCACUCCGGCUCCUGACCCCCGACAGAUGAGGGGCUCCCAGAGCCGCUUGGCAGGGCAGCCCGAUUGCCCCGGGCUCUGCUGGUGCAGCGUGCAGAAUUCAGAUAGCGCCUUGCAUGUGCAUUGCCACGAGAGGAGGAUUGGCAAUAUCAGCGAGCUGCAGCCCAAACCUUCCAACCCUAAGAAGCUAUACCUAACCGGGAACCUGCUGCAUAUUGUCCAGGUGCACGACCUGGCUGAGUACAGGAGCUUGGAGUUGCUGCAUUUGGGUAACAACCGCAUUUCAGUCAUCCAGGAGGGCGCUUUUCGUAACCUCAGCAAUCUGCGGCGCCUCUACCUGAAUGGGAACCACAUUGAGAGGCUGUCCCCGGCUAUUUUCGUGGGUUUGCAGAAGCUACAACAUCUCUACCUGGAGUCCAACGUGAUUAAAGAGAUCCUGCAGUACACCUUCCACUCUCUGGCCAGGCUCAGCUUGCUAUACCUCAACAACAACUUACUGCGUUCACUACCCGCCAAUGUGUUCGUGGGGACUAACCUGAGCCGACUGAACCUCCGCAAUAACCAUUUCUCACAGCUGCCAGCGCGGGGCCUCCUGGACCAGCUGCCCGCCACUGUCCACCUGGACCUGAGGGAGAACCCCUGGCAUUGCGGAUGCCCCAUUCUCGCCCUCAAGAGCUGGAUGGAGCGGGCAGGAGGCGGCGUACUGACCAGCGAGCUGUCCUGCGAAUCACCGGCCAAGUACGCGGGCAGGGCGCUGCGCUCGCUGCGAGUCGAGGAAAUCUGCUCCGAACACUCGGAUCUUAGUGCCACCUCUUUCACCAGGACGGACAAGCCGAAGCUGCUGGACAGUGAGGUUGGCACUGCUAGUCCGGAGGUGGCCCAGGCCAGUACUGUGCCCCUCUCGGUGCUCAUCCUGGGUUUGCUGGUGGUCUUCAUCCUGAGCGUGUGUUUUGGGGCGGGUCUAUUCGUUUUUGUGUUGAAGAGGCGCAAGACGGCUCAGAGUGGGCACGGAGGUGCCAGCAGUAACUUGGACCUGAAUUCCUACCAGAUACAAUACCCUCCCUACGGCGGAGAAACGGCAGACAAGGCAGAAGCUCAUGUCUACAAUUACAUCUCACACCCUUUGGGCCAGAUGUGCAAGAACCCCAUCUAUGUUCAAAGGGAGGGCGAUCAAGUCGCUUAUUACCGUGAUCUGGAAGGGAAGAAGUCACCCACAGUGGCCCCCACUUACUCCAUCAGCACGGUGGAGCUCCUGGAACACCGACCCCCUCCCACCCCCUCCGAGGUACUGUACCAGAACCUGGCCGAACGGCCCAAGGCACUGCCCGGAGACCACUACAGCUUCUGCACUUUACCCAAGCGUCCGUUCGGCCCGUCCCAGGAUAGCAGGCACAAGCAGCACGACAGGCUCAACAAAACGGUGCUGUACGGCACGCCGAGGAAACAGCUCCGGGAGGCACAGAGAGGCGACAGCUUGUGUCUCCGAGGGAAGUUUCAGGCUGAACCAGACUACCUCGAGAUGUUAGAGAGACAGAGUGCCAUCAGCCAGCUGUAGAAUUAAACAGAGAGAGACAGAUUAACCACUAAAAAAGGACAGAAUGGUUGACUGUAAACCUGACUUAUUCCACAGUGACUUCUGACUGAAGUUUGUCGAUUUCACCAAAUCCCGAUUCUCCCAAAAUCCUACUGAUUUCUCGAUUUUACAAAGGAAGAUUUUUGUUUUUUUUUCGUAUGAUUACUGACCACCACAUUCACUGCUGAGUUGGUUCUAUCAAUCCACGAAUACAAAGCAAUUCCUCAAUUUCUGCUUUUCGGUUUCUUCACCGAUGUUUGAUCAUAUUGUAUAAGUUUGGCGUUUAUUGCAAUUUCCAAAGACCAUUCUCUCCCGCCCUACAUAGUGAGCUAUAUAUCUGCAGCAUAUAUGGCGGAGAACGUUAAUUACAAAGCGCAUCUUGGUCUGAACAUUUACUCAUUUUGUUUGACGCUUUUGGUGGUAAAACUGCACUGCCACGUUUAGCAAACUGAUAAAUCUCCAGUGUUCCAGGGCGUUGUAUC